AAGAGAAGUGAACGUCAGCCAUAUUUUUGUGUAAUUCACAUAAACCAGUGGCUGUUUGUUUUCAUUAAAACUUGCAAAAACAAGGAAAGUAAAUGGUUGCAGGAGCUUGGUACGUUGGAAGAAGCACGUGGAGCGGAUGCUGAGUCACGUGGCCUCGAAUCGUCUGCCAAGUGCCGAUGGUCAGCUGAUUGAUCACAUGAUUCAUAGCCCCCCACCCUCAACAUGGCGCUGUCCAGGCUGAGGAGUUUGUGCGGGAGAUGUUUAGUUGUCUAUUUCAGCCUCACGCUGUUUGUCCUUUUAAUCAGUGUGAGUCCAGUAUUUGCAACAAGCCCGUCACCCCAAGAUUCUGGUUGCGGCUGCACUAGUCGUCGGGAAGUUGCUGGCGAUUUCCCUGAUACUCCACAUGACGCUAUCUCAUUAGCGAAACAGGCAGCUGCCAAAUACUCUAAGGAGGCUAAUGUUGUAGGCCAAGAGAUCACAGAAGACUACAGGCCAGACUUGGAAAGGCGCACUAAUCAGAUGGUGCUGAUACCAGGUGGAGUGUUUACCAUGGGAACUGAUGACCCAGCAUUACCUCAGGAUGGAGAGGGCCCAGCAAGAAAAGUUCAUGUUAAGCAGUUCUACAUGGAUAUGUACGAAGUCACCAAUGCCGAAUUUGACAGAUUCGUUAAAGCUACAGACUACACCACAGAGGCAGAAAAAUUUGGAGACUCUUUUGUGUUUGAGGGGAUACUUAGUGACAAAGUGAAGAGCACCAUUACCCAAGCUGUUGCAGCAGCCCCUUGGUGGCUCCCUGUUAAAGAAGCCAAUUGGAAACAUCCAGAAGGUCCUGACUCCAACAUUACUGAGAGGAUGGAUCAUCCAGUUGUACAUGUCUCUUGGAACAAUGCAGUGGCGUACUGUACCUGGGCAGGGAAAAGGCUGCCCACAGAAGCUGAAUGGGAAUAUGCAUGCAGAGGGGGACUUGAGAACAGACUCUUUCCAUGGGGGAACAAGUUACAACCGAAGGGUGAGCACUACAUGAACAUCUGGCAGGGAGACUUCCCACACCACAACACAGCAGAUGAUGGUUUUUCCAAGACUGCCCCUGUCACAGCCUUUCCUCCCAAUGGUUAUGGCCUCUUCAACAUGGUUGGCAACGCCUGGGAAUGGACGUCUGAUUGGUGGGAUAUACACCACACCACUGACGAGCUAGAGAAUCCUAUUGGACCCUCCUCGGGCACAGACAAAGUGAAGAAAGGUGGAUCCUACAUGUGCCAUAAGGCCUAUUGCUACAGAUACCGUUGUGCAGCUCGCAGUCAGAACACACCAGACAGCACUGCCUCCAAUCUGGGUUUCCGCUGUGCUGCUGAUGUUCUGCCAGAUUACCUUAGGUGAGCUGGCUUCUGGGGAGAGUCAACAGGAAAAUAAGCGUCCAAAGUAUUAGCGUCCCUGAAGAUGGAAAGAUGCUGAAUACAUGUCACGAUGGAACUAGCCCUUACAGCAGUCAGCAACUGGUGCUUACUGGAAAUUGCCAAUAAGCUGGUGAAUGUCUCAGCCAUGGAUUCCUGCAAUCUUUCCAUUUAGAUGGUUUCAAUUUAAAGGGAGAGGACAGGAGGUUUGAAAGGUGUUUCUUGCAAGAGUUUCAGCUAACACUUCUGGACACACUACAUCUGGAUUCUGUCUUUGUUAUAGCUAAAACAAAAUUAAUCUUCUUGAUUAGAACCGUUACCAAAUACUGCAAAGUGAAUGGACUCAACAAGACUGCUUUGAAAGGUAUUUUUUCACCAAACUUCCAGUUGAUUGUUUUCCAAGACCAAAGUCUCUACAUCUUUCCACAAUGAUAUUGAAAGGCUUGUAAUAGAGUUUGCUUGCUUCUCAAUCUGUUUUAAAAUUUCUGUAAAUAAACGUCACAUAAGAUCAUUCUCAAAUAUUGGACUGAGGUGAAUGGCACAGAGUAUUUUUGUGUACAGUUGUAAUGUAGACAGUACAUAAAAACAAAUAACUUAAUCACUAUACCAAACAUUCUUAGCAUCUCAGAGUACGUCACUAGCAAUGAAUUUGAAGUGUGGUCAAUGUUGUAAUGUAAAGAGAAACAGUAGCCAAUUCCAGGAAAACUAUACAGGCAUUGGAAGCAGUCCAGGGAAGGUGUACUAGGCUGAGAUAAGGUAUGUUGAGACUGAUCUAUAAAAGAGUUUGAGUAGGCAGGGCUUGUGCUUGUUGAAAUAUAGAAGUAUGAGAGACAACCUUGUUGAAACACAAGAUUCUUAGAAGACUUAAUAGGAAAAUUGUGGAAUGGUGGCUUUCCCUGAUAGGAGAGUUUAGAACCAGACAGCAAACCUCAGAGUAAGGGUUCACACAUUUAAGACAAAGUUGAUGAGGAAUUUCUUUCAGAGGGUAGUGAAUCUAUGGUAUUCUUUACCACAAAGAACUGUUCAGGCUGCAUUAUUAGGCAUAUUCAAGGCUGAGAUUUUUAAUCAAUAAAGGAUUAUGGGGAAAUCCAGGAAAAUAGAGUUGAAGAUUAUCAGAUCAGUCAUGAUCUCAUUGAAUGGCACAGCAGACACGAUGGGCUGAAUGGCCUACUUAUGCCCCUGUGUCUUAUGGUCUUAAUUUGCAUGUAGCAAGCUCCAUACACAGCAAGUAAAUAAAUUACCAUGUAAUCCAUCUUGGUCAUAGUGGUUCAAGGAAAGGUGGGAAUAGCUGCAGCUCUAGCCAAGCUGAUCCAUGCUCUUUUAGCACUGCAUCUACUUGACAAGGCAGAAAACUCUCCAGGAACGUCCUGUCCACAAAUCGAACCUGGUAAAUGACUACCUAUUAGGUCUAAUCUCAAACAUCAGCAAAAUGAUGAGAAGGGUCUUUUACAAUGUUAUCAAAAUGUAUUGAUUCAUCAGUUACCCGCUCGCUGGUGCUUGGAUUCUUCAGUUCUGCCAGAACAACGCAGGCCCCUGACCCUAUCCCAGCCUUGGUCCAAGUACGGACAGAAGCAAUGAAUUUGUGAAAUGAGGUGUAAGUGACUGCCCUUCAGCAAUGGCUGAAGGCGGCAAUUGACUAGCUUUGGCCCCAAGGAACCCAAACAAUACUGAAAUCAAGGGCAGGAAGGGCACACACACUCCACUGGUUGCUAACUAACACAAGAGAAGAUGGUUGUGGUUGCAGAGAUGUUGUUGCAGGAAUUCCUCAAUAGUGCCCUCGACCCAGUCAUUAUCAGCUGCUUCAUUCUUCUGUCCAUCAAAAAUGAGGAGAUUUGCUGGAUAUUGUGCUAUGUUAAUUCACUUUAUGGCUGUUUGCAUAAUGAAGCAUUCCACAUCCACUUGGAGAAAGAACUGAACAAGUGGUGAGUAACACUCACACCAUACAAUUGACAAGCAAUGACCAUCUUAAAAAGAAAAAGUGCAGUCACUUCCCCUUGACAGUCAUAAGGUCAUAAAGAGGAGAAAGAGUAAGUCAUUUGAUCCAUCAAUUCUGCUGUGCCAUUUAAGAUCUUGGCGGAUCUGAUUGAGACUGUAACUAUCCUCCUGCUUGUCUUCCAUAAACCUUAACUCCCUUGUUGAUCAAAGAUCUGUCUGAUUUAACCUUGAAAAUAUCCAAAGUUGUAGUCUCUGAUGCUCUUUGUGAAGGAAGUUACAAAGACGUCCUUAUUUUUGAACCAUGUCCUGGGGGUCUAGAUUUGCAGUGAGAGUAUUUACCCUGUCAAGCUCCCACUUCUAAACUCUAAUGAGUAUCAGCUUUAUCUGCACAACUUUCCUCGUAAGACCGUCGCCCUAGGGAUCAACCCAGUAACCUUUCUCUGAACUGCUUCCCAUGCACAUAUAUCCCCUGCUUAGAAAAGGAGACCAAUACUAUACACAGCAUUCAGGUGUGGUCCCACCAAAACCUCGCAGCGUUGUAGAAAUACUUCCCUAGUUUCAUGUUCCAUUGCUCGUUUUUUAAUUAAUUGCUGUACCUGCCAGUCACCUUUAUGUAAUUUGUAUAGAAGGAUUUAUAUUGUAGUAUACUGCGGUUUUCCUUAUUUCAAAUAAAUUCUGACCAUUUUUUCCACAUAU